CUAACGUCAGGGGCCGGAAGUGAGCGUUGCUGGGGCGCGGAUGAGGAGGGGCGGCCUGUGGGAGAGCGUGUCACACAAGAGCACCUGGAUUCAACUCCUUCAUUUCCAACAUGGAAGGAACUUACGUCGAUUCCCUGGACCCUGAAAAGCUACUGCAAUGCCCCUAUGAUAAAAACCACCAGAUCAGGGCCUGCAGGUUUCCUUAUCAUCUUAUCAAGUGCAGAAAGAAUCAUCCUGAUGUUGCAGACAAAUUGGCUACUUGUCCCUUCAAUGCUCGCCACCAGGUUCCUCGGGCAGAAAUCAGUCAUCAUAUCUCAAACUGUGAUGAUAAAAGUUGUAUUGAGCAGGAUGUUGUCAACCAAACCAGGAACCUUGGACGAGAGACUCAGGCUGAAUGCACAUGGCAGUGCCCUCCUUGUGAUGAAGACUGGGAUAAAGAUUUGUGGGAACAGACCAGCACCCCAUUUGUCUGGGGCACACCCAACUACUGUGGCAACAACAGCCCUGCAAGCAACGUAGUUAUGGAACACAAGAGUAACCUGGCUUCGGGCAUGCGCAUUCCCAAGUCUCUGCCAUAUGUUCUGCCAUGGAAAAACAAUGAAAAUGCACAGUAACUGAAUAUCUAUCUCAUCAAAUGCCAGACCCUAGAAGACUCUUGCUUUGUCCUGCUACCAAUGGGUUCUUCAUUUUCAUCCUAAUCUAAUUGUAGAAAGAUAAACUGCCUGACUUUCAAACUGACAAGUACUUUUUUUUCUGCCCCCUUUGAGUCCUCACUCAUUUUAUGCAAGAAGGAACCUUCAUACCUACAAGAACUGUUUCAAAUAAACCAUUGAGAUAGAUAACUUAACAAUUUGGUUAAGUACCUGCAGCCCCAAGAUCAGAAAUCACUUCCCAUUCCACAUUAAUGAAACAUAAUCAUUUAAAAUUACCUUAAAGGAUUCAGUUAAAGCAGGCAAGAUACUUGGGUUGGGAAAAGCAAAUGUGCAUAUGUGUUCUCUGAUACACGUGGACCAAAUCCCUUUUAGCAUUUAUACGAAUGGGCCUUCUCUGAUCAGUGCAUUUUUCUAUCCAGUGUCUCCCAAGAUAUUGAUAGCAUUUAUAUAGCAAAAUACUCCCAUUGUGUAGAUCUUAGGACAUCUUGCUCCCUUAAUAUUUCCAACCUAGGGUAUGUCUCCUUUCUUUUUUUUAUCACUGCCACAUUCCGGCUAGAAACUGUACUGGCUGAAACGAGGUGUGGCUUAUGUAGAGUGAAGAUUGGAAUGGAAGGAAGGAACCAAUGUACAUGUGAAGUGAGAGGCUUUCCACCUGUGUGUGAAAUCUGAUUAAUCUUCAAAGCUUAAAGGUGUGAGGGCCCUGCUGAAUA